GCCUAGCAAGCGUUGCGUCGAUUUCUUUGGGGAAAUUUUUCAUACUUGCCUAGAACCCCUCAGCAAAAAAGAUCUGCUUGUCAGCAAAAAAAAAAAUUAUUAAAAAAUCAAAAGUAAAAGUAUUAUUUUGUUAACACCUAUUUUUCAAAAUGAGCUUCAACGAUGAAGGUGAAGUAUCAGAUAAACGUGGAUUUGAGGAAGAGGAGAAACCGGAACCUUCAUGGGUUGCAUGGUGCGAGCGCAAUAGUCACCCCAUAAAACGACACUUACACAGAGAGGAGCGGUGUGUGACGCGCUGGCAGAAGCCUGGACCCAUGAAAAAGAAAGAAUGGAAACAUUUCUUUCAGUGGGCGUUACGAAAUGCGAUGCCAAAGGAGCCUCCAAUAGUCGAGGUGCCAAUACCGUGUGCUCCAAAAUAUUUGCCCUGUGCCCGGGAGACGCGCAAAAUGGAAAUGGAGGCUCUAGUGGAAAAAAUGGAGAAACUGUCAAAGCCACUGGAACGUAAAUCAACCCCCAAGUACCAUUCAGAAAAGCCAUUCUAUCCUUACUCUCCAAUCAUUGUGUGGGGCAAGCCGGCUCAUCACGACAAAGGACGACCUUUCCCGCCACCUUUUAUACCGUGUUUUUUUUCCAACAAUGAAUUGGAAGAUGAUUUUUGGGCCAGUUUCCGCUUCAAAGUGCGUCCAGCAGCGCUCAAAGCACGCCCCUCACCACGGAUACUUAGUUUGUCUAAGCCACACGUAAAGCCGCCAAAUCCGCCGCAUUGUCCCAUUCCGAAAAAGACUCCUGAGCCACUGGAGGUGCCACCACCGAAGCGCAAGAAAUUCACACCUCGUGGAUGGAAAUUGCACCAAAUACGGUUAAUCUACUUGUCAAAACCAGUGUCAAGACCAGAGUUCGAGUAUUUCUAUAUGUGAAUUAAUUAGGAAUAUUUCAGUGUUGUAAAUCAUUAGUACAUAGUCUUGGGCUGGCAAUAAAAAUGUUAGUGAAAUUUUAACUA